AUGCAGGAAGAGGUAUCAGUUGGUAAAGAAGAUGAUCACUUUACGCCCCACAGUCGACGGAAUCUUUUGCAGUCUGAGGUCCUUUCUUUUUUCACCCCAGUUGCGGACAAACUGAGAUUGAAGGACAGUAUAUAUGUUGGCAAACCAAACCGUGAUAUUUUCGAGGAAACUAAACUGCGAACUAGAACCGUUACUGUAAAAAUGAAUUCUCCAUGUGUCUCAGAUGGAGUGGAAAUGCCAUUCAGUAGGAAGAAUAGUUCCUCACCGAAUAAACUGGAUGUUCUCACAACUAAUAACAAAAAUGGUGUAAGGACCCUGAAUACGCCUGUAUCCAUGAAUCCAGCAUCAUCUUAUCCAUCUACAUGUAGUUCUGUAAAUUCAAAUGGAUCUGUUCCUCAUACGAAGUUUGUUGAUAUUCACCAUGAAGAAUGGAGCAAUAAAAGACCAUCAAUUCCUACUGGUGUUUCAAAUACAUGCCGAAAGUCGCUGUUUACCAGCUUAAUUCGAAGACUCUCAACUCCACGAAAUAAACCAUCUCGCACUGGCAGCCCCUCUUUGAUAUCUAAUGGACCUCAGACAGUAUCGCAAAUCGGUUCUAAAUCAAGCGAUCAUAGCCCGCGGAAGUUACGCAGGUGGUUUACAAAGCGUAUGUGGAAGUCAGCAAAAAGUCCUGACCCACUAGAAAGUGGUACAAAUUCCCAGCCUUCGUUAACCAGUGCGAAUCUCGUUCUGAAGAAUCAGUAUGCAAAAUCCGUGAUCGACGACUUAUCAGAAACCUUGGGAUCUGUUACUCAGGAUUUCGGAUCUGUUCCUAUACUUCGUAAGCGCGUACUUGUGCCACACUCAAUAAACUCUACAUCACCAAACUCGCAGGACUUUCUCUGUCAAAACUCUGUUAAUAAGGUCUUGGACACCUCCACGAAGUCCAACAUUUCCACUUCUACUCAAUCUAAACUUCGUGCUAAUAAAAUACACACUGAGGUGAAAAUAUCAUCUCCCAGCUGUUCAUCACCCACUGUAUACUGUUACCGUGAUACAUCAAAGAAUGACGAAGAUCAUUUCUCAUGUCCAGCCACUACCAGUUCACCCUUAAGCUCCAUAGUAUUACGUGAUGAUAGUAUUGACUCGGCUGAUAGUGAAAGUCACAGAUUUGUUUCACUUGCUGACCACUGUACAAAUGAUAAUAAAGUAGAUACUUUACAUCAAUUGGAGAAUAUUUCUCAAUCCAGUGCAAAAAUUUCACAAUUAGCAAUAUCCAAUUAUUCCAAAUCUCCUUUGAAUACAGCAUUUAACUACACACCGAGUUAUCUUGGUGUAUCUGUGGCAGCAUUUGGUUAUACCAGAUAUGGUUCAACAUCAAAAUCAGUAAAUAACUUAACCAACACAAAGAAUUCUUGUAUCACCAAUAAACAUCGUUUUGGCAAUAAUAGUGAUCUACCCAUAUCUCUUUCUCAUGAUGGAAGUGUUAGUUCAACAAUUCGAAAUUAUGAAUCAAUACUUACUGAUAAGAAAGGAUCAAUUUCUUUAACACAAAGUGAAAGAGAAAAAUGUGAAAGUCCAUCAACACUGGGGAUAUCCACUUCAUCAUGCCGUCGAACUGAAUCUGGUCAUGGUGAUGUUUUGGAUUUUAGUAUGGAAAAUGUUAAACUGAGAAGGAAAAGAACAACCAGUCAUAAUGCUAAUACCGAUGAUCAACAACACUGGAAUCGUUCUUCACUUAUCAUGUUGGCAGUUGCUCAUGCUAGUCCUCGUGGUCGUGUUGUAACACCGACAGCCACAGUGAUGAAUAAACCUUUUGUGUUCAGUGUUUCAGAUGCUACGACUACAUAUGAAGCAGUGUGUGAAAGUCAAAAUGAACAAAAUACUAUAUCACAUUGUCAAACAGAUACAGUUGAUAAAUCUCUCACACAUAUACUUCAUGAAGAUCUAUCUAUAAUUGAUGACCAUUCCGAAGAAUUGAAUAAUAGUAAUACACCACAGAAAAUUUUAAAUCAAUCAAAUAUUGAAAUAGAUGGAAAUUAUUAUCUUAAACAAGUUGAUCAAACAGAAAAAGAAUUGUUGAAUAAAGUUUCUGAAGUUGAAAAUGAUCUUAGAAAUGAUCAAGGAAUGGAUGAUGAAGUUUCUGGCCUCCUUCGCACUGCUAGUGGUAAAGCAAAACUAUUGAUUUCUGAGAAGUUUUCACAAUUUCGUGGCUUAUGUCAUCAAAAUCUAUCUUGGGAAAAUUCGAAAGAUAAUGUUGACAAUUCUGUAAAUGAAUCCAAUACAACAUUGGUCACUUUAUUAAGUGAUCUGGAUGGAUUCUGGGCAAUGGUAUCACUUCAAGUAGAUGAUGUUCGUAAUUUAUUCAAACAAGUGGAUUGUUUGCGUGCUAAUCAGUGGAAACUUACAAAUGAUUCACUAUCCAUUAGAAAAGACUUAUCAGAUGAUUCGACUACUCCCUUGGGAAAACAAAAGAUAAAUCGUAAAGUUAUCAAGUCUGAUGUUAAAAAACGAAAUGAUUUAGUUGCUAGACAACAUGCUCGUGAACGCCUUGAACUUGUCAAGCGUAAUAUGCGUCUAAAGAAUAUUAAUACAUCACAUGAGAAAUCCACAUUAAAUAUGGAUGAAACCAAACUUAUAUUUGUGUAG